UCAACCGAGGAAGUUAGACAACGCAAGCCAUCGAGGAUAUUCAUACUGAACUGCGCGUGCACGAUUUAUUCGAGUCUGCCCUGGAAAUAUCAGUGGACGACUGCUUUUUUCUGAACGGGACACGACCCCACGAUGAGUGGACCGACUUUUGACAGGAAGAUACACGGUAUUUCAGGCGAUCUUUCGGGCUCUAUGAGUUGCCACCCGACCUCUAAGGACUCUCCGACUCUUCCAGAGUCGUCGGCUACAGACAUGGGUUAUUACAGCAGUCAUCACGAAUACUACCAGACUCCCCCGUACCCGCAGCAGAUGAGUUCAUAUCAUCAGUUUAAUCUGUCCGGGAUGGGGGGAUCAGCAGGACCCUACCCCACCAAGACAGAGUACCCUUACGGCAAUACUUACAGACAAUACGGACAUUACAGCAGAGACCUGCAGACGCCACCCCAAAGUGCAGUCAAAGAAGAACCAGAGACGGAAGUUCGGAUGGUAAACGGGAAACCCAAGAAAAUCCGCAAGCCGCGCACCAUUUACUCCAGUUACCAGCUCGCCGCGCUGCAGCGCCGCUUCCAGAAGGCGCAAUAUCUGGCGCUGCCGGAGCGCGCUGAACUCGCCGCGCAACUCGGCCUUACGCAGACACAGGUGAAAAUCUGGUUCCAGAACAGAAGAUCCAAGUUCAAGAAACUUUACAAAAACGGCGAGGUUCCUCUGGAGCACAGCCCGAACGCCAGCGACUCCAUGGCCUGCAACUCUCCACCAUCUCCGGCCGUCUGGGACAAUAACUCUGGCCAGGUCAACCGGGGGCAGAUCGCCCAGCCACCCCUCAGUUCCACACCCCCCUACAUGGAAGAUUACAGUAAUCACUGGUAUCCGCAGGGGUCACAUUUACAGCAUCCAGUGCACCACGCGGGACCACCGCAGAGCGUGGGGGCCGUGUAUUAACAAACACUGAUGGAAGAGUUUCAAGUUGGUGGGAAAAGACAAUGCAAAACCCGGAGAAAUAAGCUGAGAGAUACUCGGCAGUAUCUGGAGUGACAGGGCACGCUCGCGUUGGCAUCUUAUUGACUGUUGAACGCAUAUCUGUCGAUAUGUAUACAUUGUUUUCAAAAUAACAGUAGUAGCCUAAAGGUUUCAAUGCUACUCUGACCUAUUUCACAUGCACGUACGCGUGUAGGUUCGACAAUGUCAAGGAAGUUUGCGUGGUUUUAAAUUAUUGUCUUUAUUCUUGUUGUUGACUUCCUUUAUGACUCCAUGUUUGGUUCUUUGAAAACCGAAUAUUGAAAUGUUUUCCUUAAAGAACGAGUGAUCCCCAAAUCGUGUAGUUAUAGCCCACGCGUCGUGGGCCGGCGCGCGCACUCACGCGCGUCAGAGACUCAGGAUAUAAGUUAUAUAGACUUGUACAAAAUGUUGAAAGCUGUAAAUAUGUGUUUAAAUAAAACGGAACCACUAAGUUCGUGUUCUUCGGAAAGAUAAAGACCGCACGGUGGUGCUUGAAUCCUUUUAUAUUCAUGUAAGUAGUUGUUAUUCUGUCAAAUUAAAUAAAUGCCAAUUGAAAAUCA